UCGUGUUAAGUAACACCUACAUCUGAUGCCACAGUGUCAACUCCUCGUACUCUCGUCCUGAAGCCUGUCCGUCUGAGAGGAACCAUGUUGGCCGUCAGGAGCGCCCUCCGCCUCGGCUGCAGGCUGUCCGUCCCCGCGGUGUGGAGGAGAGGAUGCGCCGGUGCUUCUAUCCCGGUGGACGACGUGGUGAACGGACUCACCGACGACCAGAUACAGCUCAGGCAGACGAUUCGUAAAUUCUGUGCAGAAAAGCUUGCACCUUUCGCUGAUGAGAUUGACAAGACGAAUGAAUUCCCAGGAAUGCGGGAUUUUUGGAAAGCGAUGGGUGAGAUGGGAUUCCUUGGGAUCACUGCUCCAGAGGAGUAUGGGGGCACAGGAUUGGGCUACCUCGAUCAUGUCAUUGUGAUGGAGGAAAUGUCACGCGUGUCAGCAGCCAUUGCUCUCAGUUACGGCGCCCACUCUAACCUGUGUGUCAACCAGAUGGUACGCCACGGCAACGAGAAGCAGAAAGAGAAGUACAUGCCAAAGUUAAUGACAGGAGAGCAUGUUGGAGCGCUUGCCAUGAGUGAGCCCAAUGCCGGCUCUGAUGUCGUAUCCAUGAAACUCAAAGCCAAGAAGCAAGGCGACUACUAUGUUCUGAAUGGCAACAAGUUCUGGAUCACAAAUGGGCCGGAUGCCGAUGUCCUUAUUGUUUAUGCAAAGACAGAUCCAGAGGCCCAUCAAAAAGGCAUCACAGCUUUCAUUGUUGAAAAGGGAAUGCCUGGAUUCUCUACAGCACAGAAGCUCGACAAACUGGGUAUGAGGGGCUCCAACACAUGCGAGCUGUUAUUUGAAGACUGCAAAAUCCCAGAGGAGAACAUCCUUGGUCCGUUGAACAAGGGUGUUUAUGUGAUGAUGAGCGGCCUGGAUCUUGAGAGGCUGGUGCUUGCAUCAGGACCUAUAGGCAUCAUGCAGGCGGUUUUGGACAAUGCUGUUCCCUACCUGCACAUCAGAGAAGCUUUCGGACAGAAGAUUGGACACUUUCAGCUAAUGCAAGGCAAGAUGGCUGACAUGUACACCAGGCUGAGCUCCUGUCGGCAGUAUGUGUACAACGUCGCCCGCGCUUGUGAUAAAGGACACUUCAGUUCAAUGGACUGUGCUGGAGUCAUCCUCUAUUGUGCAGAGAACGCCACCCAGGUUGCUUUGGAUGGAAUUCAGUGUUUGGGUGGGAACGGCUACAUCAACGACUACCCCAUGGGGCGAUUCCUGCGUGAUGCAAAGCUGUAUGAAAUCGGCGCUGGCACAAGUGAAGUUCGCCGGCUCAUUAUUGGUCGAGCCUUCAACGCCAUGUACAAAUGAUCAGAACUGAGAAAUGGUGAUCGCUAAAGACUGUAUGAGCGGUUUGCCGUGGAUGAACACCGUUACUCACACCCAGGGCCUUAUACUCGAUGAUUUGUUGCUGCUGUUAGGAUGUUGAUGGAUUGUCACGUGUUUUAGAAUAAUUUUCACACAUACAUGAAAUCACACAGAGAUGACUGUAAAGUUACAAACUACCGGCAAAUUAAAUGUUGUUUUAGUAUGUUGCGUCAUUUUGGUUAAUUUGAAUGUGAAUUGCAUUGACUUGAUAACCACCGAAAUGCCAAUAUAGCAAUACAAUUAAUAUGAAGUACUGAACCUUAUGAAAAGGUUGUAUGUUCAUUAUAUUAAAGUUUAUUUAGGCCUCUUGAAACUGCUGCGGCUGUUUCUCCUUCAACAUCAAAUGUUGGCGUUUCAAGGGUUAUAAAGAAUAAUUCUGAAUACUGUACAAUUCAAUUCAAUUCAGUUUAUUUUGUAUAGCCCAGAAUCACACAUUACAAAUUUGCCUCAGAGGGCUUUACAAUCUGUGCACAUGCGACAUCCUCUGUCCUUCCCUCACAUCGCCACAGGAAAAAUACACAUAUUAUACAUUCAUUAAUGACUUUCUCUAACCUUAAUAGUGAAUAUCACUGGUUGAUAAAAAAAAAAACUUGAGCUUUUUUUACUUCCAUUUCAUUAUUUCACUGCAAACUGAUAACUGUUUCUGCUCAAUAAGUGGAAAAAUGCAUCUGAAAUUUGAGUAUUCUGUUGUAGAGAAUUAGCAUUAGAAAACAGUUUGUCCAUUUUUAGGGGCAAAUGUUUCCUGCUGUUGUAUAGUGGCUGUACAGUCCAACUGGAGAAAAACUCCUAAUGAUUUGUUUGUCUUCUCUUCUCCAAAGAACUAACUAUAGAUACAGUGUGAAAAUGUAUGAAAUAAUGUAGUUUUGUCUGGCAUGAAUAGAAUAAAUGUUUUAUUUCUUGA